CAAAGAAUAUGUCGUGGGGCAGUCGUCUGGGCUGUCAUCUAGGCUGUCAUCUGGUAACACCUGCGCAGCUGGCAGCUGCUAGGUACCCCCGCGGCAUCGGGUGGGCCGAUGACGGUUGCGCCCCAGACACGGGACGGCAGACACCUAGUGACGGGGCCGAGAAGAAUGCCCUGUGGGACGAGGCAUAUGACACAAUGAAAUCGAAAACCGGAAAACUCGCCGAGAAAUUUGAGCAAGUCGUCAUGGAAGAGUACGACAAAAUGGCAAAGGGCGAAUCGCUCCGAGAGAUAACUCGGCUGCAACUGACCCUUGAUGUCCCGGCCCAGACGACCCGCGACGCCAUCAAAACUGCCUCAAGGCUUCUUGAAAUGUUGCAAAAGCAGCUAUCGCCCGUCCUCGAGUUGUACCCGCCGGCUGGCUUGGCCUUUGGUGGUUUAUGUCUGGUGCUCAGAAUUGUUGGGUUCGCGAUAACUUCACAAGAGGAAACGAUGAAAGGCCUCAGCCACAUUGCCCAUGCCUUCGACUGGUAUCUUCAACUGAGCGUUUCUUCGCUGCUCCAGCGUCAAGCUCGCAAGGGGGGAGACGUCCCCCCCCUCCCCCGGCCCCAUGCUCUGAGGUCAGUCACGUCGAGUUGGCGCUACAACUUCAAAAGUUUGUUCCGCCCAACCGAGUUUCGCGAUCUCUUGUUGCAGCUUGAAAACGAAGAGAGGUAUUUCGACGGAAAGGUAGACUCGUCUAUACAAACGGAGUUGCUCGAAGUACAAAACAUGGUAUGUACUGAACAGGAGACAACCAUGGCUUCCUCUGUCACCCAACAAUUCUGCAGCUCCGAGGCGAAGCGAGGUAGCAGAGGCAUUCUCGUCGUCACCUCUACCCGCCGGACCAAUCCUGCUCUAGCCAAAAUCCUCGCCUCGACCUUGAAUCACGGCACGACCAUAAAUCACGGCAGAGACAAGACUCCGAAGACUCUGAUCGCGCAUUUCGCAUCCACGGACGCAGCGAGCGAGCACCAGUUCCCGAAAAUGGCCAUGGAGCUCACUCACCAACUACUCUGCCAAUAUCCGGAGCUUGCGCUUGGUCCUGUUUCUGCUGUCAGAAACUACAAAGGUGUUGAGCAUAACGAAGAGCUUCUCCUCCAGUCGGUCGUGGACGUUCUCGAAUGGUUGCACCAUGAUGACCGUGUCAUCUUUGUCCUUGACCUCUCGCGCACUCUGUUGGUUGAUGACCGAGAUGGCUUCCAGCAGUUGAUCAGAAAAAUGUUCCGCAAAGAUGAUAAAACCCCGCAGCUGAUCAAACUACUCAUCACUUCCCACAUGGACACUGGCCUCAACAAAUUCCUACAGCACUGCACGAGGGCAACUUCAUCCACAGACGCAGCCUCAUCCACAGGCGCAACCUCAUCCACGGACGCAAAUUCAUUCAGGGACACAAUUUCAUCCACAACUGAACCGUUGUUGGGAUGCUCUGCAGGACGCAGUGCAAGGACGGCUCGUGGAAUGGAUAUCCAGUUUGUCCAGUCCGCCUUGCUCAUGAUAUCUGGCGCCUGUCGACCACUCAUUCUGGCAGAGCUCGCAUCCAGCGUAGCCGCAUACCGCGCCGUUACUGAAGGCUCGAAUUUCAUGGAGCUCAUAGGCAGUGAAGAGCUCUUAUCGCUACUGUUCGGGGUGGGCUGCCUGAAGUAUGUUGUGGUGACAUUGCAGCAGGCGGGCUUCAAGACCAAGACGGCUGCGCACGAGGCCGCCAAAGUUUACGGGUUGGGAGGAGUCAUGCCCACACGCCGUGCAAAGCUUGCUCUGGCCGAGGCAUCAACGUUUUACCUCUCGCAGCAAGUUGCCGGCCUGACGUUGGAAGAGGUUGACCAGAUCGCCAAGGACGUGGCAACCGAUCUCGAAAAAGAAGCGGAAACGCCGAAGUCUAGACGACACUGCUCUGCUGUUAAAGAUUCUAUCAUCAAUGCCUCGUUCAUGUGCUAUGGGGCAGAGCACUCGGCGCCGCAGCUUUCCGAAUUUCCCAUCUACAAUGCCCAGGAUGGCUCGUUGCGUUUGCGGCCGUCUCUACAAGAGUCUCAACAACAAUUGUGGCAGCCACACCAUUUCUGCAUGCGGUUCUGGUAUUACCGGCUCAACGCAUUGGAUCCCCCCAUCCACGACUCUUAUGUAGCCUACCUAUGCUACUCCCGAGCUUCUGGCCCAAUAUCGAAAGAUUUCGGCAAGAACUUGUUCAUUGCCGCCGCGGAGCUUGGUUGUCCGGCUUUCGUCACCGAGGGGCUUAGGCGUGACCAAAACCCCAAUGAGACAAACCAGUUUGGCCACAACGCGUUGCACAUUGCCGCUAUGCACAAGGACGUUGCCAUGUCACGAACCCUUCUGGACGAGGUCGGCGUAGAUAUGCUCGCCAAGGAUGCGCUUGGCUUCACUCCGUUCCAUCUCGCGGCAGACCUCGGGAAGCCCCAACUUCUCGAGGUCUUCUUCGAAGCGGCCCAGCGUCGACUCAAUCCAAGUCAGAUCCUGGAGUUCCGGUCCAUGGUCGACAGUGGGCCCGAGUCUAGGAGACGCGCGCCGCGAUGCAAAUGUGGAUAUCGUCAGCUGAUCAAACGGUUCAUAGGAAAGGGCAUGAUAUAUCUUGCCUGCCGGAGGAAUCCGGGGCUGAUGCAGACUUUCCUUGAGCUUGGCAUCGAUGCAGCCAAGCUGCGAGAGCGGUGA